CAGUAUUUGUUUUAUACUGUAUAUUGAAGUUAAAAUAACUACGAGCGCAAUUAUUAUUUAUCCGGAUUUCUAUGAACAAUCUGUUGGUUUAUAAUGGAAGACAAAUUUGCAAAUCAUGCUUCAUUGAAAAUCAGUAUGCCAAUCUAAACUGAAUAUACGAUGAUCCUGGAGGUAAGAAGUACAAUAUGAUCAGCAUUAGUGUGGGAGGCGUAUUAUGGAAGUCAGACCUGGUAAAGGAAAAGCAACCUUGGUCGAGAUGGAGUGUUCAUCAGGGAAAAUGACUUCAGAUCAUCAGAACUCAAAAAAUUUAACUCGAAUUGACUUUAAAGCAAUUGGUAAUGGUAAUAUUAACUUGCAGAAAGAGUUUGAUUCUGCAAUCAUUUCAAAAACUCCAAAUAUUACUAAUCAUUUUCAAACUGACUCGGAUUGUUUGAAAGUAAAACUGACCUCUAGACUGAAGCAAGUAAAUGCUAGUGAGCAAGAAGAAAAAGUAUUUCCACAAGAGGAAGAAAGUAAAGCAGAUUGUAGGCAUAUCAAUCCAUCUAGCACAUCUAACGUUAAAUUCAAAAACCCCAAAUCUGCAUAUGAAAACAUUAGAUGCGAACGAUAUUGCUCAAAUUUGUUUGUGGAUCUUGAAGCAAUAUCGUCUGCUGGUAAAACCUACUCAUCGUCUGAACAGGAAUUCUGUGAAUUAAAAAAUGGUGCAAUAUCAACUAUAAUUUCAUCAUUUCACACCUACGUUUUGAAUACUAAAAAAACUGGUGCAGUCAAAUGUAAGACACAACACCGUAACAACUGUGAUGAAAGUCGACUUAGCCAAAGAAGACAGUGUUGUAUUCAAUUUGAAAUCAAACCCAACUCAUGUAUAUCUACAGUUUGUUGUGUGCUGUGUAGUAGUGAUGAUGCUAAUUGUGGUCAAGAAAUAGUAUCUGAGACAGUGUGUUCAUCAAUUAUUAAACAACUCUCAUUUGUGUCAAAGUGGACAAUGGAUAUUAGUAGUACAAUCCAUCCAUUAACUUCUUCUGAGAUGAAUGCUCUUGUUCGAUCCAAAAUGAGUACUUGUAGACCAUCAAAACCACUUAAGUGCAAGCGAUUCUCACGUAAAUCUACAUCUUCGGAUAUUGGAUAUCUGCAGAAUUUGAUCCUGCAGUCAGACUUAGUGCUAUGUAACCCUCUGGAGGAGGAGUCGGAUACCGAGAGCGACGUUGUUUCAAACAAUGAAUAUUUUUCUGAUUUUUGUUGGUUUGAUAUAUUAGAUCUAGAUAUCCUGUAUCAAAUAUUUCAUCUCCUGCCCACAAGAGAUUUAGCCGUACUCAAAUGUGUCUGCCAAGAUUUUAAGUGGUUGAUAGAAUUUUAUGAUAUUGCUGGAGUUGACUCCAAAUGGUCGGAAAGCAAUAGCUACCGAGAUGAUCCCUGUAUGCACUGUGGGAAGAUUAAAGAUCCAAGUGGCGAUGUCUCCCUGUGCCGUUGGCAUCCAAAGGGAUAUUACAAGGAUGGUCACUAUGGAAGGCAUUACUGGAUUUGUUGUAGGCAGAGUCUUGAGGAUGCACCAGGCUGCGUAGUUGGAGUUCAUGAUAAUAACUGGACGACCUCAAGGGAGAGGUUGUGUCAUAUUCCAAAACCCAAGCGAAAACCACCCUUGAAUAAUUACUGGACUCUAAUACAAUAGUAAUAAUUUUAAUCUAAAAAGAAGUUCGCACAAUGAUCGGCAGACAAUAUUUCAUAUUUAAUAAUAAUAAGGCUUGCCAUCCCAAAAUCAGCGUACUGGCGCUAAUUGUUAAACUGAGUAAUUAACAUAAGAAUGUGUGCAGCAUUGUAUAGUACAGAGAAGCCAUAAGACUUACUCAUAAAUUUGGCAAAUACCGGUAUAUACAAAGUGGGUUCCAGUAAAUGGAGAACAUGAAUAUAUUGAUUUUUUUAAUGUAUUCAUAAUGUGGAGAAUAUGAAUUUAUUAAAAAGUAAAUUUCCAUGUUUUGGUCACUAAUGCUGGUUUUUGGGAUGGCAAGCCUCGUAUUCAGACAGCUUUCUGUCCCAAGUAACUUUACAACGGGGACGGAUUGCUAUAAGUGGUCUUUAGACGGUCUUAAUGCUUAGCCGGCUUUAAUCGUGACAUCACUACUGGUCUAUGAUUAUAGAACAUUGCUAUACCGCGGUCUAACCAGUUAUCCGUCUUGAAUUUUAUAGCCUACUCGAAGGAGGCUUAAAACGGUCUUAAAUCAUUUUCAUCAUUGCAUUACAGGUACUAGACCUAGGCCUAGAUCGUCAAAGACUAAGAAUCGAACAACGAAUAUUUAGCAAGCUUCUCAGCAUCUGUAAAAACCAGUCUACGUUUAUUUACGUUCAUUUUGAUUAACUAUGCAUGUUUUGAGCAAGCAUAACAGCGCUCUCAAUUUUAUGUUACCAGGGCGUGCUCAUUUGCAUUUCAAUACUCAAAGCGGUCUGAGCAAAGACCAUUUUAUAGCAAUGGAAUUAGUAGAGUGCCUUUAGUAAGACCGUCUAAGUGAUAAAGCUGGCUUUAUUCAAGGAGUUAAGACUACCAGUUAAGACCAUUUUAUAGCAAUCUGCCCCAGAUGUAUAUAUUAUAUGCAAGCUUUACUUCAGACAAGCUUUUGCAUGAUGCAUACCGGGCUAAAUCUGCUUAUACAGUACUUCAAGGUAAAAAGAAGUUAAACUAUCUAUGGCAAGUUUCCAUAAGAGAUGUGCUGCCCUUUUUGUGCAAUGGUUAAUAUUGAAUUGUAUUUAGCAAUUUAUAAAAACAGAGUGGUUUAUGUUUACACAUCACAGAAAAUGCUGAAUUUGACACUAAUCUGUGGGUUAAAACUUAAUGUCUUUCAAAGAAUGAGGUGGUGAUGAUAAACGUUAUUCCAGGCUCUGAAGUUAGUGCGUCUAUAAGGCGCAUGCUCUGAGCAAACCUUUCAUAAAUACCUUAGAUUACAAUACAUAGCACACAACUCUUCAGGUGGACCUGAUGGGGCAUAUAGUAUCUUCACAGGCAAUUCACAGGGCGUAGGGUAAGUAGAGUGUACUCGCGUUUAAGACAAGGCUUAAAAUAGCAAAUUACUAUAAAAGAACAGGGGGUCUUAUACACACGACAUACAAAUUUUGGAUUUUUUAAAUCAUGUUCGUCUUAUGUGCAGAUCGUCUGUAACAUGCAAAUUUACUACCUGUAUUACAAUGAAACUACCAAAUGCUAGUACUGUAUGAAUGAACGCAAUUUGAAAUACAGGAAAAUAAGAAUUUGAUGAAUAUUUAAAAAACUCAUAAAAUGGUACUAUUUUGGAAAAUUAGCCUUGCAUUUGCCUCCAUUUUUGCCCAGCUAGAUGCAGUAUCAGGACCAUAAAAAUUAGGAAUUACGACGAUGAGGGGGGGGGGGGGGGGGUGGCGGCGGCGACAUAAAAAUAACGUCCAAAAACCUUCUUGAACUCGGGUGUCGUCUUAUAUGCGAGUCGCCUUAUACGCAAGUAUAUUCAGUAGACCAUUAAUUUGAGCUUUGAGCUUCUUUCUACCUUGUCUGUACAGCAACAUCUUCAUCCUCAUCAUCAACAACAUCACCAUCUUUAAUGUCAUAUUCAGUACCAUCAUUAUGAUAACUAUAAUAAUCAUCACAUUAUCAGUAUAAUUUUUUUUCCAUCAUCAUUAUUACCAUCAUUAUAUGUUAUGGUCAAAGUUAUGGUUAGAACUCAAUCAAGUGGCAGUAUUUUGACAAAAUGACAAUGAUUUAUGUACAUCAUUAUGGGCUUAGGUGAGACUAUACCUUGUUUCGCUAACUUAGUUUUUUUAUAGAUCGUCCAAUGAGGGUGGAGAAAAAAAAGUUUUUCUUAUUUAGCAAAUGAUUUUGCCAAAAAAUUCCAGACAAAAGAGAAAAUAAAAUAAAAUUGAUGAAUGUAAACAGUGCAUUAAUGGGAUGUUAUAUGCUUAAAUUUAUAUAAUUAGGAAGAAAUAUACAUAUCUUAUUUUUGGAGAUUUCAAGGCAGCAGUGGGCGUAAUCAAAAUAAAGAAAAACUUUUUUUUUCUCUGAAAUUUCCUUUUUUUUUUGUGGCAGCAGAUGCACUAAUUGGCCAAAUAUAAAAUUGUAUUUUUAUUUGAAAUCAUCAAUAUUGGCGGGUUCGCUAAACAUGGUGUUAAAAAAGUCUCGCCUCACAUAUACAAUCGAUCAUUAUUACCACUACAAUUAUCAUCAUCUUCAUUCUAAUUAUUAAAUUACCAGUCAUUAUCAUUAAUAAUCAUUGUGAAAUUGGGUGGUUUGUUUUUUUAAUUGUUUUAUUUGUAUUAUACAUUAUUGUAUACAUUAUAUACUCAGAUAUGUAUAGUAAGAUGCAAGACCUGUUUUAUAAAAUUUCAAAGAAUAAAUUAUGAAAUAAUUAUAUGAAAUUGAAUUAUGAGAUUAUGGAAAAUAUUGACAGAUACUCAAGUAAAUAAUAAAUAUAUAGUAUAUGUAUACUUGAUUAUA